ACUUUUUCCGCGAGGAACAUAUGCUCGCUGAAAAUAUAAUGAAAACAGAGGUGUCAGUCGCUGCUACUUUCAUCAGUGGUUUACUGAGCAGAAGCAGCAGCAGUGUGUCUCUCACUGUAGAUCAGCUGCAGCUCUUCACUCACACACUCACUGAUGCGCUGAUAGAGUACUAUCAGCAGCAUUGGUUUCCUCAUGCUCCCUGCAGAGGUUCUGGCUACAGAUGUUUACGGAUCAACCGUAAAAUGGACCCUCUCAUAGGAAAAGCAGCCUCUGCUGUUGGACUUGCACAAGAGCAGCUUUUCUCAUCACUUCCAAUAGAGCUGACCCUGUGGGUGGACCCUUCAGAGGUGUCCUAUCGGAUUGGUGAGGAUGGAUCCACUUGUGUUCUCUACAAGUCCUCACCGUCACAGCUUAAAAGUGCCUCCUCCACAGAUUCAUCAGCCAACAGGAAGUAGAAACUGAAAACCAGACAAUCGAAUUGAUUAAAAGAGUUGAAGAUAAUGGAAGAGUCUCUGUUUUGAGAGAUUUUGAAACCCUCUCUCUAUGUAAAUUCUGCACUUGUGUAAAACAUUAAAAGAGUAACUGAAUGUGGAGCAUUAACGUUGAAUCCUACAUAUGUCCACAAGCACAAUUUUGGAUUAUGGGCAAUGUAAAAUGAAUGGAAAAGCA